CCCCCCCCCCCCUAUUUAAGUGAUGGCUCCACGUCUUGCAAUCAUCAGUUGGUGGGCUUUCAAGUUUCGAGAACUGACUCGUUCAUAUCCUCACUGCUGAGCAUCUCGACUCUUAACUCAAAACGAACAAGAAAAAUGUUGCAAAGACAAGUUCAAGCCAAGAUUUUCGCCAAGCGCAACCCCGAAGAGGAACGUGAAGCUCAGGAAUGGAUCGAAACAAUUUUGGGUGAGAAAUUCCAAGCUCCGUACGAGGACACUCUUCGUGAUGGCCAGAUCCUUUGUCAGCUUAUCAACAAGUUGGCACCUGGAUCUGUCCCCAAGAUUAACACAUCCGGUGCUCAAUUCAAGCUGAUGGAGAACAUCCAAAAGUUCCAGAAGGCGAUCAUGGCGUACGGAGUAGCUGAAUUAGACGUUUUCCAAACAGUCGAUCUCUGGGAGAAGAAAGAUAUUUCCCAAGUCACUACCACCAUCUUUGCUCUAGGCAGAACGACAUACAAGCAUCCAGAGUGGCGUGGACCGUGGUUGGGCCCCAAGCCUUCUGAAGAAAACAAACGUGAGUUCUCCGAUGAUGUUAUUGCGGCUGGUAAAACUGCCAUUGGUCUCCAAGCUGGAACAAACAAAGGUGCUACCCAGGCUGGCCAGAAUAUGGGCGCUGGCCGAAAAAUCAUCCUCAACAAAUAAUUUUUAGUUCAAUCAAAGUAGAUGCCUUUUCAAUUGAUUAAUUAUUUUUACUGGUCAUUUCUACUUUGGCGGCUUUUGAUGUUACAAUUUUAUCUUUUAAAAACUUUCUUUUUUUUUUGCGUGUAUUUUGGAGGAAAACAAACCUAGCUUGGAAAUCUUUUUGAAACAAUGUUAUUUUCAUAUGUAUGAGGCGUGGGAGGAAGAAAUAGUUCCAGAAGAAGAAGAGGAAAAACCAAAGAACGGAGAAUUUUUUUAAAAAUUGUUGUCUUUUACAUUUGAUUAUAUGUAGUGGAAGUGGAUAUCAUAACAUAACCUUUUAUCAGCAAUAAAAUCAUUUCGUCCUUUA